UCAAACCCCGUUCCCUCGCGCAGCCGUCGUCAACGCAACCGAGGAAGUAACGAGGAGCUAAUCUGGCUAACAAACACGAGCCAAUACAGCGGUUUACGUGAACUAAAUGUUGCGUGUGUGUUUAUCGAUAAAGUAACUGGCUGCCCUUUUGUUCGCGCCUCGGUUUGGAGUGGGGAGUGGGAGUCGAGGGGGGGCAAUGUUUAGGAGCAGUAGCCGUUGCUCGCUAACUUCUAGGCUAGCAGGCUAACGAUCAGCUGUGUUGUUUUGGUGAGAAACACCACCAGGCUUCACCAGAUCAGAUUUCCUCAUCGUCGGUUAAUGGCGACACGUAAAGGCGUACCGCCCUGACAGACACAUCAGCGGUCAGCCAGUCAGCUGUUGCCCGGCCAGGCGUCCCCUCCGAGCCGGGAUUGAUCCACCAGAUCUGUAAUUCAAUCACCGAUACAGCUUCAAGAUGCACGACGCGUAUGAGCCAGUGCCUAUUCUGGAAAAGCUCCCCCUGCAGAUUGACUGUCUUGCGGCCUGGGAGGACUGGCUGCUUGUGGGAACAAAGCCCGGGCAUCUUCUUCUGUACCGGAUAAAGAAGGAUGCAGGCACCAACCGGUUUGAGGUGACGCUGGAAAAAUCCAAUAAGAACUUCUCAAAGAAGAUUCAGCAGCUUUAUGUUGUCUCACAGUACAAAAUUCUUGUCAGCCUUCUGGAGAACAACAUCCACGUCCACGACCUCCUGACCUUCCAGCAGAUCACUGUGCUGUCCAAAGCCAAAGGAGCCACGCUCUUCGCCUGUGACCUGCAGCUAACCAGCACAGGAGAGGAAAGGUUGAGAAUGUGUGUCGCAGUGAAAAAGAAACUCCAGCUGUAUUACUGGAAGGAUAGAGAGUUCCACGAGCUGCAGGGGGACUUUGGUGCUCCAGAUAUUCCAAAGUCCAUGGCUUGGUGUGAAAACUCCAUAUGUGUUGGUUUCAAACGAGACUAUUACCUCAUUCGGAUGGAUGGUCGUGGCUCCAUCAAGGAGCUCUUCCCCACUGGGAAACAGUUGGAGCCUCUGGUUGCCCCACUGGCUGAUGGGAAGGUGGCUGUUGGUCAGGAUGACCUAACCGUAGUGCUAAAUGAAGAGGGCGUUUGCACCCAGAAGUGUGCCUUGAACUGGACCGACAUCCCUAUAGCAAUGGAGCACCAGCCUCCGUACAUCAUCGCUGUUCUCCCUCGGUACGUGGAGAUCCGGACCUUUGAGCCAAGGCUGCUGGUGCAGAGUGUGGAGCUGCAGAGGCCUCGCUUCAUUACUUCAGCAGGGCCAAAUAUUGUGUAUGUCGCCAGCAACCACUUUGUGUGGCGUCUGGUGCCAGUAUCAAUAGCCAGCCAAAUCCGGCAGCUUCUUCAGGACAAGCAGUUUGAGCUGGCUCUUCAGCUGGCGAAGAUGAAGGAUGAUUCAGACGGUGAUAAGAAGCAGCAGAUACAUCACAUCCAGAAUCUCUAUGCCUUCAAUCUGUUCUGCCAGAAGAGAUUCGAUGACUCCAUGCAGGUGUUUGCCAAACUCGGCACAGAUCCCACUCAUGUGAUUGGGCUGUACCCCGACCUGCUCCCGUCAGACUACCGCAAACAGCUGCACUAUCCAAACCCUCUGCCUACUCUGUCUGGGGCAGAGCUGGAGAAGGCUCAUCUCGCUCUCAUCGAUUACCUCACCCAGAAACGCAGCCACCUUGUGAAGCAGCUGAAUGACUCUGACCCUUCUACAACGUCUCCACUCAUGGAGGGGACACCUACUAUUAAAAGCCGCAAAAAACUCCUGCAGAUCAUUGACACCACCCUGCUGAAAUGUUACUUGCACACCAACGUGGCCCUGGUGUCCCCCCUCCUUCGCCUGGAAAACAACCACUGCCACAUCGAAGAGAGCGAGUACGUCCUGAAGAAGGCCCAUAAGUACAGCGAGCUCAUUAUUCUCUAUGAGAAGAAGGGCCUGCACCAGAAAGCUCUGCAGGUGCUGCUGGACCAGUCCACCAAGGCCAACUCUCCACUGAAGGGCCACGAGCGAACAGUGCAGUACCUCCAAAGGCUGGGAGUGGAGAAUCUGGGAAUCAUCUUUGAGUUUUCUCCCUGGGUGUUGAAGAUCUGUCCUGAGGAUGGUCUGAAGAUCUUCACCGAGGACCUGACUGAGGUGGAGACUUUGCCCAGAGAUAAAGUGUUGAACUUCCUGAAGGAGGGCUUUAAGGAGCUCGCCAUCCCAUAUUUGGAGCACAUCAUUUACGUGUGGGACGAUAAGGGCCCGGAGUUUCACAAUGUGCUGAUCCAGCUCUACCUGGAGAGGGUUCAAAGCCUAAUGAAACAGUACCUCAACUCACUGCCAGAAGGAGUUCCUGCUGUUGCUGCGGGGAAGGAGAAAGGUGAGCUGGGGGAGUACAGGAACAAGCUGCUGUCCUUCCUGGAUAUUUCCACCAGCUAUGAACCAGCCAGACUCAUCAGUGACUUUCCCUUUGAUGGCCUGUUGGAGGAACGGGCUCUGCUUCUGGGUCGGAUGGGUAAACACGAGCAGGCACUUUUCAUCUAUGUGCACAUCCUGAAGGACACUCGCAUGGCUGAAGAAUACUGUCACGGCCAUUACAACAGUUCAGUCGAAGGGAAUAAAGAUGUUUAUCUGUCUCUGCUGCGAAUGUACCUGUCACCGCCUGACGUCCAUUGCCUGGGGCCCAUCAAGAUGGAGCUGUCAGAGCCUCAGGCCAACCUGCAGGCGGCCCUGCACGUCCUGGAGCUGCACCACAGCAAGCUCAACACCACCAAGGCCAUCAAUCUGCUCCCAGCAAACACUCAGAUCCGAGAGAUCCGGGUCUUCCUGGAGAGCGUCCUGGAGGAGAAGGCACAGAGGAAACGCUGCAACCAGGUGCUGAAGAGUCUGCUGCAGGCUGAGUUCCUCAGGGUGCAGGAGGAGCGAAUCUUCCACCAGCAGGUUAAAUGUGUGAUUACAGAGGAGAAGACCUGCAGGGUGUGCAAGAAGAAAAUCGGGAACAGUGCGUUUGCCAGGUAUCCCAACGGCGUGGUGGUGCAUUACUUCUGCUGCAAAGACCGCAACAUGUGUCCCACUGAGCAGUAACGGCGCCACCUGACACUGACUGUUUACUAAUAAAUAACCCCCCCCCCCAUCCCUCUCUGCGGAUUUCAAUGCUCGGACAUCUUUGAACUGGAAAUGCAUCUGAAUGUUGGAAGUGCACGGGUUAAUGGCCAGGCUGUGGAAUCGGACGCUUGUAUCCAAAGCACCUUGCAGAGCUUCAAGCGCAGACGUUUUUUUUUUUUUUUUAAAACUUGAGUUAACCUUGGGCGCAGUUGUUGUCAUGCUCUAACAGCUGAGCAGAACAGGACCUCCUCCUGAAAGCAAAAGGCUGCGACUCUCUUUCUCUCUGUGCAUGAAGUAACAGGAGGAAUGUCUGGGGUCGCUCAACAGGAGGGGAGAAAUAAAGAGAAAGAGGGAGGUAGACUCUGACAUUUGAAAAGCAUGUGUCACUGUAACGCUAGAAGGGAUUCACUGCCCUACACGUCGCCUCGGAAGAAAAUGGGCUCUAUUGACAGACGCCCAGAGGAAAAAGAGCUGUAACAACAGAAGUUAGUGCUCGUUCUCACCAGGAGAUGAUUACAAGCCUUCGUCUGCAGUUUUAUUUUGUAUUUUCUGUCUCCCUCUUCCUGCCUCUCUCGGUCUCCCAACCCCUCCUGUAACGCUGUGUAGGCCUCAGUCACUGCUUGAUAUGCCAUAUACACUCUGCAGGAGUACUGUUAAAUGCCUUUUGUGACUCAGAAGAUUGUACUUACAGUGAAGUCAGAUGUCUCAUGAUUUUUUUCCUGUUAGCAUGGACUGGUACUAAGCAAAACAGCCUUCGUCUUACAGCAUGUUUUUCUUUUUUAUUUAAACAUUUGAGGCGGCUUCUGCAGCUAGUAUUAUUAUCACUAUGUAUAAUAGCAUCCUCUAUUUAAAGGUUCCAGUGUGUAACAUUUAGGAGGAUCUAUUGGCAGAAAUGGGGUAUAAAAUUAACAAGUAUGUUUUGAUUAUUGUCGGUUCUACAGUAGCCCAGAAUAGACAAACCAAACAGUGGCUCUAGAUAGCAACUUUCAGCCACCAUAGCGCUUAAAAGGGGGAGGGUGAAGUGAGGAAGUUGCAACUACAUUGCUAGAGGCCACUAAAUCUUACACACUGGACCUUUUUAAUGCAUCGUUUUAAGUUCUCAUCCAAUCUUCUUUGUAAUCUUUUGUUUUUUUUUCUUUGCAAGACAUUCAAAGUUUAUGAAGUAGAACUCAUUUAAAGUGAGACUAUGUAACUUUCAGACAGCAGUAAAGGUGGCCACAUGUGGCAGUGGCAGUAUAAUCACACAGAGGGGGAAACCCUGAUAAGUAGUUUAAUCUGCUGUUAACUAUUUUUGAUAAUUUAUUCAUUGUUUCAGUCAUUUUAUCAAACAGAAUUCACUGGUUCGGGCUUCUUAAAUGUGAGGAUUUAUUGCUUUUCUUUGUCAUUUUGGCUUUUGUUCACUAUUGUUUUAAACAUUUUAUAGACCAAAUGAUUAAUUUGAGAAAAUUAACUGCAGAUUAAUUUAUAAUGAAAAUAAUUGUUAGUUGCAGCCUUACAUCUACUGUAACCAAGAGUCAUAAAUAUAUCGACUAACAUUAACAACCAUGAGCUACCGGACAAACCAGUCCAAGCAAGGCUGCAGCGGUAAAUCUCCUGUGUGGGUUGAAUUGAGCAUUUUAUUGCUUUUGAAUUCAACUUUUUAUUUGUAAGAGGAAGAUUGUGUUGUUUCUUCUUGGAAAAAAGUUAUAUAGUCUCACUUUUUUAAGACAGGUCACAGUAGUACGGCACUUUAAAAGUGGAUGUCCUGUUUAUUUAUUGUCAAAUUGCACAUCCGCGUGAUAAGAACUGGAACUAAAGCGAAUGACUUUGAACCUAUGAUCGAUGUGUGCAUUUUAAUAGCAAUAUUGUUAUAAAAUGUGUCUGUUCACCGCACGCCUGGGGAGGUAGUUCAAGAAGCAGGACUCCACAGUUUAUUGGAAAUAAAUAAUACAAUGAAUGUAUGUUUGAGUCGGGAUGCACAGUGUUGUUGUUGCUCAGCGACACUCGGAACAGUUACAACAGUUUUAACCACUAAAUCUAAAGGUUUGACUAGUUUGGAGAAAUCCUGCAACAUUAAGUUAACUUUAACACACGUUGUAGCAUCAUCUGUAUCUCCUCCUCCUCCUCCUCCUCCUCUUCCUCCUCUUCCUCCUCACCUGUAAAGAUUUGCACACAUUCUCUGCUAAGACUGUUUCUGAACUUGUGUUUUUUAAGUGGGAACAUUUGUACCACUGUGUGUAUACUGUAUAAAGAUUGAGAGCAUUAAUGACACAUUUCUCGCUGAAGUUAUUUGAAUCUGAGGGGCGACGCAUCUGUUUGUCUGUCUGGCUUUAAUCAGUAAUAAAUAAACAUUUCCACUCA